AUGAUCCACCACGACAGCAGCGAUGACCUGAGGACGAAGAGCAAACGGGCGCUCAAGGCUAUCCUCGCCAAGUGCACCCAUCUCCAGGCGCUGCAGCCUCUGCUGAGGGACAGCCCCGUGAAGGUGCAGAAGUACGUCCUCCGACAGUUCGCCCAGCUGCUGCCGCAUGACGUGGAGGCCCGCAGGGCCUUCGUCCAGAACGGGGGCCUGCAGUUCCUUCAGGAAUUGAACGAGACGGUGGGGGGGAAGCUGGAGGAGUACAUCCAUGCCAUCAACGGGUGCUACCCCCCCGAAAUCGUGGAGUACUACAGCCCCAACUACUCCAAGGUCCUCCUAGACAAAAUCGACGAGUUCCAGCCGAUGGUGGCAUGAUAUCGGAAGAGAAUUCCCACCCUUCAUUGUUUAUUCUCGCUUCACGUUGGCGCAGAUCGUUUUCUUUGCAGUGUGUAAGGUAUCUCUUGCGGCGGUGUUAGACGGUGGCGUAUAUGCGGUGGUUUUAUUCUUUAGGUGGUCUAAGCCCGCUGGCGGCUCUCGGCCCACGCUGCAGUAAGGGAAGGGCAGAGCGAAGAGGUUGUGAUGAUGUCUACUUGCUGCACUCAGUAGUUAACGUACACCCCCGAUAGUCUGCAUACGCUAGACGCCGUUAUUCUCGUCUACCCAACGUUUACGUCGUCAUUUCGGUCUGGGUCCUU